AUGAUAAAAGACGGUGACACCAUUGCGAACUACAGUAUUUGUAAUGAAGCUGUCGCAGUGUCCAUUCAGAAUGGCUCGGACGCAGCGCCGGUAUUCUUUCUUUUAACAUCUGUUUUUAUCGUUCUCCUUCAUUCUCUCUCAAUCACUCUCUCUCUCUUUCUCUCUCUCUCUCUCUCUCUCUCUCUCUCUGUGUCUCUGUGUUUUCCUAUAUUUUUUGUCUCUUCGCUUACUUGUAUCUCGUUCCCUGUUCUUCCUUCACGUUACGACUUCCGUUUUCAUCGUCAUCAUCAUCCUAUACUUACAUACUCUCUUCUUCCUUCACGUUCCAAAUUUCAUUUUCAUCAUCGACAUCAUCCUAUACUUUCAUUCUCUCUUUUUCCUUCACGUUCCAAAUCUUCGUUUUCAUCAUCGUCAUUAUCAUAUAAUUUAACUCUUUCUUCUUCCUUCACGUUACACCUGCUCGUUUCCAUCGUCGUCAUCAUCCUAUACUUUCAUUCUCUCUUUUUUAUUCACGUUACACCUCCUUGCUUCCAUCGUCGUCCGUAUCCUAUACUUUCAUUUGUCUUCUUCCUUUAUGUUACAACACAUCAUUUUUAUCGUCGUCAUCAUCCUAUACUUUCAUACUCUCUUUUUCCUUCACGUUCCAAAUCUUCAUUUUCAUCGUCGUCAUCAUCCUGUUCAUUCUAUACAAUUCCUCGUUUUCUUCUUCCAUUUUGUCUUCGUUAUUUUUACCUGUUGUUAUCCUCAAUCAACAAUCAGUCCUGUAUUAUUCCUGAGAACUUGUCAUAG